AUUUAUUAACAUUUGCCCAUUAACCUGCAGUAUUGUAGAUAUAGAAAAAGGUUAAUAAUUUUUAAUUUGCUGCAUAUAAAAGACCCACAGAUUCUGUAGAUUUCAUCCCAUUCUCUCUUCAGCUUUCUUUGACUUAAUUUGUCAAAUACUAAACCAAAACCAAAAUGGCCGGAUUCAAAUCCUUCGGUAUGUUGUUGGUGCUCUUGGCAACCGUCCUUAUGAUGUUCGCACCAAUCAUUAAUGCCUGCGAAUCAGUUGGAACCAAAUGUCAACCUGAUGGAAGUACAAAUUGUUGUUCUGGAUUCUGUUACAAACAAGUUGGAUGGGCCGAGGGAGAAUGCAGAGAUCGUUAAUUAUAAACAAUUGAUUGAUAUAAUGAUUGAUAAUAUAUAUACAACGAAUUUAUAAGGAAACUUCUUUUUUUGAAUUUGAAUCAUAUGUUUUUGUUAAAUUUAUUGUAAACAAUAUACUUUUUUUUGAUUUCGGAAUAAAUAAAAUGUGUCAUUUAAAUUGAAAAAAAAUA